AUGCCAAGAUGGCCGUGUCAUCGCCCGGUUGACGAAAACUGCAGACGACAGACAUCACGUCCACCAUUCGUGUUAAAUGUGAGGAAUUAUGAUUUAUUUUGCGUCAACCAUCACCGUCGCCGCCUACGUUGUUCCACACAAUGCGCGUAUAGUAUCAACAGGAACGAGUCUGCGAUAGCCAAAUUUUUAGAACAAAGA